ACUGCACCCACAUUGCGGAGACGGUGUCUGCGUGGAACGACUCCGGGGUCAGCGCGUACCGACUGGUUGACCUGAAUCCUGUGGCUACUUCGGUUGCCAUGGUAGAAGAGGCUCCACACCCCUUCCCCACUGUGGAUGUGCCAAACCACGCCCACUACACCAUCGGAGCGGUCAUCUUCGCUGUCGGCAUCACAGGCCUCGUAGGGAACUUCCUGGUCAUCUAUGCCUUUAGCAGGAGCAGGACACUUAGGACACCAGCCAACAUGUUCAUUAUAAACCUGGCCAUCACAGACUUCCUCAUGUGCCUCACCCAGACUCCCAUCUUUUUCACCACCAGCAUGCACAAGAGAUGGAUAUUUGGGGAGAAAGGUUGCGAGCUGUACGCGUUCUGCGGCGCUCUGUUUGGCAUCUGCUCCAUGAUCACGCUCAUGGUCAUAGCGGUGGACCGCUACUUCGUGAUCACGCGGCCACUGGCCUCCAUCGGGGUGCUGUCCUGCAAGAGGGCCCUGCUGGUCCUGGUGGCCGCCUGGGUGUACUCCCUGGGCUGGAGCCUGCCCCCCUUCUUUGGAUGGAGUGCGUACGUUCCCGAGGGCCUCUUGACCUCGUGCACCUGGGACUACAUGACCUUCACCCCCUCGGUGCGCGCCUACACCAUGCUGCUCUUCAGCUUCGUCUUCUUCAUCCCCCUCAUCGUCAUCAUCUACUGCUACGUCUUCAUCUUCCGAGCCAUUCGCAACACCAACAAUGCUGUAAGCAAAAUCAACGGCAACAACACCAGGGACUCCAUAAAGAGAUUCAACCGGCUGAAGAGUGAGUGGAAGAUGGCCAAGAUUGCCCUCAUUGCCAUCCUGCUGUUCGUCAUCUCCUGGUCUCCCUAUUCAGCUGUUGCCCUCACUGCCUUUGCUGGGUAUGCUGAUAUGCUGACUCCAUAUAUGAACUCCGUGCCUGCCGUGAUUGCCAAGGCUUCUGCCAUCCACAACCCUAUCAUUUAUGCUAUUACACACCCAAAGUACAGGUCCGCCCUGGCGAAGUACAUCCCGUGCCUGGGCACGCUGCUGUGUGUGCCGCCACGUGAGCUGCGCUCCAUCCAGAGCAGCUUCGCCUCCACCCGCCGCUCCACCGUCACCAGCCAGUCGUCGGACAUCAGCACGCACUUCCGCCGGACCAGCUCCGGAAAGCCCCGCCUGUCCUCCGCGUCCGACAGCGAAUCGGGCUGGACAGACACGGAGGCUGACCUCUCGAGCCUGGGCUCGCGGCCUGUCAGCCGGCAGGUGUCCUGUGACAUCAGCAAGGACACGGCCGAGCUCCCCGACUUUAAGCCCGGCAGCUCCUCCAGCUUCAAGUCCAAGCUCAAGAACCACGACUCGGGCAUCUUUGAGAAGACCUCCUCUGAUAUGGAUGACGUCUCUGUUGCUGGAGCGGGUCACCCUGACCGGACCUUGCCUCCAGCGGGUGGAGACUCAGCAGAUGGUGUGGUUCCAAGAGGAGUGAUUGGCCGGAUCCCUAGCAUCGUCAUCACCUCCGAGUCCAGCCCUUUCCUGUCCUCCCUGAGGUUCAAUUACCGCAGCAACGGAUCCCGUCGGGCCAGUGGCAGCGUGGCAAAGGGGUCCGCCACCUCUGACCCAGCAGGAAGUGCGCCGAAGGCAUCUGCCCUCCCCGCCUCUGACACCACCCCUCUGUGCUGA